CUCAGCACAACUUCUAUUCCCCCCCUUUCUUUUUUUUUCAUUCGCUUUUUUGUUGUUUGUUUACACAGAAAACAAGAAUGACACCCGUGUAUCUUGGGCGAAACACUCCAGAGAUCCUCGCACGAGGAUCUACACAGUGCGUGGUACCGUGCUUCUGAAACAGACCCGGCGGGUUGCUACGACCACAAGAGGUUAAUCUCGGCGUACGAGUAGGCAUUUUUUUGCUGAUUCAGCAGAAAUUAACAGAGGACAAAGCAUCCCUUCUAUCACCUCGAAAGACAAGAAAAAGCUUUGGUCCAAACUCCAGCAGCGAUUGCAGCAUUGCCUGCGACUACCGAGCUGAACAAAAAAAAAAAAGGUGUAAAUCCGCUUCGUCUUCCUUUUCAUCUCUACCUCCUUCUGAUGUGGAGGUCAUGGGGGCAGGUUCGAUUUGGGCAUCUUGCUUUUCUUCUCCCGUCGAGGGAGAGGUAGGAGACUGGUGCCUGCCUGGCUUAUAGGAACCUUGUCAGGUUUCACGCUUGGUUAACAAACUGUAGAAACAACUCGAACGACUAUCUACACACAGAUGAAGUCGUGCCAGCCACGGAAGGGAGAGACUAUAAAGGAAGCCAUGUCGCAGGAGGAGGGGUCGAGGACACAUUCUACACAGGCCUACUACCACCAUACCUCUCUAGCAGACAGCGACCUAUCACCAAAGCUCUACAAGCAGGAGGGAGUGUCCAAGCCCUAUUCAGUGCUGGUUGACAACAAGAUGCCUGCCAAAGCACUGGCUCCUGACCUCGAGGCCAGUCCUGCCCCUCUUCAGCAUUACUACAAAGAAGCUUCCGGGACGACUGGAGGGGUAAAGACCAAAAACGACGAGACGUCCGAUGACACAGAGGAAGAAGAAGAAGAAGAAGAGGAGGAGGAGGAGGAGGAGGAGGAGGAGUUCAAGCGAGAACAGAUCAUUGUUGAGGUGAACCUGAACAACCAGACCCUGCAUGUCUCUAAAGGUGACAAGAACAUCCCUGUAGGAGAGGUGAAAAGUGACAGUGAAGAGGAGGAGGAGGAGGAAGAAGAAGAGGAGGAAGAUGAGGAAGAUAGCAUGGAAGAAGAGGAUAGCGCAGAGGAGGACCCCGACGACGACGAUGGAGAGGAAAACGAGACUUUGGGGACAAGAUCCAAGCGGACAAGCACAAAGGGUCACCACGUCGCUGCAGCCCCGGGCUCACUCGGAGUGACCACCAGGGGGCAGAGAAGGAGUGCCGAAGUGCCGCCUCAGAAGCGCAGGUCAGCGCGGGAAGGAAGAAGCUCUGGUCCGUCUGCUUCAGGAGGAGGGAGGGAAGGCGAGGAGCGGGGAACACUGACGUGUGAGAAAUGCCCACGCGUGUUCAACACUCGCUGGUACCUGGAGAAGCACAUGAACGUCACGCACAGGCGCAUGCAGAUCUGUGACAAGUGCGGCAAGAAGUUUGUCCUGGAGAGCGAGCUGGCCCUGCACCAGCAGACCGACUGCGAAAAAAACAUCCAGUGUGUGUCAUGUAAUAAAUCGUUCAAAAAGCUCUGGUCUCUCCACGAGCACAUCAAGAUUGUCCACGGCUAUGCCGAGAAGAAAUUUGCCUGCGAGAUAUGCGAGAAGAAGUUCUACACGAUGGCCCAUGUUCGCAAGCACAUGGUCGCUCACACUAAGGACAUGCCGUUUACAUGUGAAACCUGUGGAAAGUCCUUUAAGCGCAGUAUGUCCCUAAAGGUGCACUCACUUCAGCAUUCAGGAGAGAAGCCUUUUCGUUGUGAGAACUGUGACGAGCGUUUCCAGUAUAAGUAUCAGCUGCGAUCUCACAUGAGCAUCCAUAUCGGACACAAGCAAUUUAUGUGCCAGUGGUGCGGCAAAGACUUCAACAUGAAGCAGUAUUUCGACGAGCAUAUGAAGACGCACACAGGUGAAAAACCAUUCAUCUGUGAGAUCUGUGGGAAGAGUUUCACCAGUCGGCCCAACAUGAAGCGUCACCGCCGCACACACACCGGAGAGAAGCCUUACCCGUGCGAAGUGUGCGGCCAGCGAUUUCGCUUCUCCAACAUGCUCAAGGCGCACCGUGAAAAGUGCUUCCGUGUCACAAGCCCCAUGACCCAACAGCCUGCCAGCAUGCCCAUCUCUGUUCAUCUUACUGGCCACACCCCUUCUUCCUCUGGCCACACCUCCAGCCCACCACUGCCCUCUCAAGGCACAUCCACUGGACCGGCCGGGGACCAAGGAAUGAUCGCUUCCGGAAUCGCACAUGGCUUUUCCCAUUUGCACAUGCAGGCCUCGGCCACGCAGCACCACCAAACCCACGUGCAUCACUCUGGGCACGCCUCUAAUACGAGCCACGUCUCCUCACACCAGUCCGUGCCAUCGUCUCUCUUGCCGUCUCCCCCGGCUCUUUUUAAAAGUGAGCCAAUAAACCACUGCGCCCAUGAGGACGUGUACCUGAGGCCAGGCUCCACACAGCAGCACUAAAAAUAACCACACGGAUUCCGGUUGUUCACACACACAGAUCGCUUGUUCAGGGGUGUAUGAGGAAAGCAAAACAUUUGUGUGUGUGUGUGUGUGUGUGUGUGUGUGUGUGUGUGUGUCUGUUGUAGAGAGGGAUAUAUACGUAACUGCUGACUGUGCAUUAACUUGCAGGGAAGCGAUCAUGUGAUCAGAGAGGACGUUUAAGGCCGGUGACCUCAGUGAACUUUUUUCUUCUUUGCGAAUAAUAUAAGCAUUAUUUUACACCUCAUAUACUGAUAAUUAAACAAAUUCCACUUGCAUCAUAAUGAUGAAAACAUGCCACUGUAUGUGAGUCGGCAUACUUUCAGUUUCUUUCUUUCUUCCUCUGUCUCUCACCUAUUUCUCUUUUUGCCUCUGUCCAUUUAUCAUGUUCUCGCUCUUACACCCUCCUUCACUUUUUCAUCCCUUCUCUCUCUCUCUCUCUCUCUCUCUCUCUCUCUCUCUCGCUCUCUCUCUCUCUCUCUCUCUCUCUCUUUCUCUCUUCUUGUGCAUACUGUCCUUCUCUCACAAUCUCUCCCAGCAUGCAAUCUUUCAAAUCUUUAUCUCCCUCAUUCUUUUAUACACACAUCUCUGUUUCUCUGCACUGUUUUUGGCCCCUUUCCUUUUUCCUCAUCACUUUGUCUCUGGCCCCUUUGUCUCAGUCUCUCGCCCUUUUCGUCUCUCGUAACGUAUCCAGCUGCUGCUGCCAGGGUUUUACGGGUUCAACACAAUUACUUGUAAAAGCUCUAAAUUCACUUCUGAAUAAUGCAGUUUAGCCUUCUUUAUAUGGAAGUACACAUCUGACAUAAACACUUGUAUGUGUACGUGUACGUCACUUACACACGCAGACUUUCGGGCACUUAAACUCAUAAAUAAUGUAACACACUCGCGAGUGUGCUUAUUUUAUGGUGGUAAAAUUGAUUGUGCGCUAUAUAUAAUUUUUUUUUUUUGUACCGACGGCUUUGGGAGUGUAUGUUCUAAAGCCAGACUCGUAGAUGUAUUCAGGCAAAAAAAAAAAAAUGUUAAGGUGAAAAGAGACUGUUGAGAAACGACGGUGUGUUCAGUCAAGAAGCUUUUAGAGAGUCUUAACGGGACUUUAAAAAAAAAAAAAGUAAUUAAUUAAUUCUCUUCUGUAUGAUCUAACCCACUUACCACAUAUUAUUUGUAAACAUUACUGUUUUUAAGAGGAAUUUUUAUGUGUGUGUGUGUGUGUGUGUGUGUGUGUGUGUGUGUGUGUAUAUAUGUAUGUGUGUGUUAAUGGGCUUAAAAAGAGGUUUAUUUUGUAUUUGUUAAUCCAGACGAAUGUGCAUUUAGGGUGCUGUGAUGUGCGGCAGUGAGUGUGUGACUGUACUUUUGACUGUUGUUACACCUCGGGAGGUGCUGGUAUUGAAAGCUGCUUCUCUCUCUUCUCUGUGUGUGCGUGUACAAAGUCUACUUUGUUGAUCCGUUCUCUGCACUUUACUGCUGCAUUACAGAUUUGAACUGAAACUGACAAGACUUUGUUAAUUAUGUCAAGCGUGUGUGUGUGUGUGUGUGUGUGUGUGUGUGUGUGUGUCUGUGUGUGUGUGUGUGUGUACGUCUAAGUGUGUAUGUGGGUGAAAUGGUCAGCUUGUGGAAAAGGAGGAAAAUCACAUCUGAAGCUGGACCUCGAUUUUAACUAUCGAAGUACUUCAUUUAUUAUAUCCUUUUAUUCGAUUUUAUCAUCCUUCUUUAGUCUGACAGGUGGAGCUGUUUGCUCGUUAUGUCUAAUCUCUCCGGUUAUGUUGUUUGUUUGUUUUUUUUUUCCCCCUCCUUUUCUUUUGGUUGAUGGAAUGCACUUUCUACUUAAACCUUUCUAGCUAAGAAAUAAGCAGACCAUGUUUAAUGUACAUGCGAUUCAAACAGAGGACUACUAUGUUUCUACCCCUGAACUGUAGCAGUGCUCGAUUCGAACCUCUGUACGGUACUCAGAUGUGCGGCUUUGCUCACUUCCAACUUUGUUUUUUGUUUUUGUUUUUUGGAUUGUGUAGAGGAUGACUGACAUGUAUUACUCACAGGCCUUUUUUUUAUAAUGCUCAUUUAACAUACUUUCUUAGGACUAGGAAGUAAAACAUUUGAAAUUUGAA